AUGGCCGCUACUAAUAUCCAUCUGUCCCCGGUGACAGAUUCGGGCAUCUACAGCUCAAAUGUGAGGGAGGAUACUGCGCGUACAGCGAGCGAGGUCUUGCAGGAAGACAUGGCCACGCACCAUGUCUUCUUCAAUGACCAACAUUUCCAUAAUCACAUACCGCAUCAGAUCCUUAGUCUCUAUGCUCUUGGCGCAGCACCAGAGGAUAUCAAGGCUUGCUAUGAACGGAGUAAGAGAUAUCAAAGACCCGUCCUUCCAGCCAGCCAAGAUGUCAUCCGAUCUAUGCAUGAUGUCGCUAAAUUCCAAGAGUGCCUUGGGAAGGAACAAAAUUACCCUAAUUACCUCGCUUUCUUCCAGCAUGAGAUCGAUGCAAAGGGCGUUGGUGGGGUUCUGGGGGAGUAUCUAUUCGCCGGAGAUGAGCGAGCUGAGAGUAUGAUGUGUCGGUUAUUUGCCGGCCUCGUUCACCCGCUCAUCCAUCUCGGUUUCGGCAUAGAGUUCAACCAGCCUGCCAUUGUAGCUCAAGGCCUUGCUCAGACAGCAGUGCACGAUGACUGGCUGGGUCGUGCGUUCUUCCUGCCUGCGGAGAAGAUGGCAGGCGGUAUCGGAAAGCCGGGACAGAAGUCGCUGCUCCAGCUCAUAAAUGAGAUGCGGGCAGACAAGGCUCUUGUUCAGAGUGUUCAGUGGUCUGACACUAAUAAGAUUAAGGAUGGAGUGCUCCAUAGAGCACCGGAGCAGAUGCUGAAGUAUGCUUCUCAAUUUACCGUGUCAGAGGAUCAGGUGGAGGAGCGGUUGGCGGAUAUGAUCAAUACAGUCGCUAUUGCUGAACUUAUCUCAGUCUACUAUACCAGUGCCGCCCAGCGUCCGACUAGGGAGAUGAAGCUUGAUUUCUUCUUGAUCCAUUGUGUCAAUUCGUCUAUCUUCUUUUCUAAGAUUAUCAAUCUCCCAUCCUUGAACCAACGAUCCAAGCUGCGCAUGCUGGAGUGGAAGGGACGCAUCGAUCUCCUGAUGUAUACUUCACGUGGAACGCCGGACCUUCUGCUGGAUGAGGUGGCCAAUUAUCCCCUGAAGGAGGACUGGUCACAGAUAUUCGCGCGCAGCAUCGCCCAUCCCGGUGAUGAUGGACAUCUAGCCAAGCUAGCACGCGCUUUGGCGCAUGGCCAGAAAAUCUGCCAGGCAUAUGAGAGCAAAAUUCCUGAGAUGCCGAUCAAAGGAGACAUGUGGCUUAGGAUUGGGAAUAUAGCUGUUGACUCUACUGUCGAUGAGGGAGAUAGACCAAUGUGGAUCCGUUCUACUGGAUUCGAUGAAGCGUGGGAACAGGCGCAUAUCUGA